GUGAGAAUGUUCUGGAAUAUUCUAGAGGUAAGUUGGCUAUAAAAGCAACCGGUUAUACGCGCUUGUGUCAAAUUAGAAGUUGCACUCGUUCAGUGAACGUGAGACUUGGAAGUGAUUUUCCAAAGCAUUUUCAAAGCGAUUUUCAUAAAUAACUAGUGGUUUUUUAGUGUAAAACUAGCAAGAUGCCUGAAGAAGCACAAAGCGGUGAUGUCGAGACCUUCGCCUUUCAGGCGGAAAUCGCCCAAUUGAUGAGUCUGAUUAUUAACACAUUUUAUUCUAACAAAGAAAUCUUCCUAAGAGAGUUAAUCUCAAACUCCUCAGAUGCAUUGGAUAAAAUCCGUUACCAAUCUCUUACGAAUCCAUCAUGUCUCGAUUCCGGUAAAGAUCUUCACAUUAAAAUUAUUCCCAACAAAGCCGAUGGUACAUUAACUAUCAUUGAUACCGGAAUUGGUAUGACUAAAGCCGAUCUCGUCAAUAAUUUGGGUACGAUUGCCAAAUCUGGAACUAAAGCUUUUAUGGAAGCCCUUCAAGCCGGUGCCGAUAUCAGUAUGAUUGGACAGUUUGGUGUUGGUUUCUAUUCGGCGUAUUUGGUUGCGGAUAGAGUAGUAGUGGUUUCCAAGAGUAACGACGAUGAACAAUACAUUUGGGAAUCAUCUGCAGGAGGUAGUUUCACUAUUCGCCCGGAUCAUGGUGAACCCCUAGGUCGUGGUACUAAAAUCAUCCUAUACAUCAAAGAAGAUCAAACUGAAUUUUUAGAAGAAAACAAAAUCAAAGAAAUUGUUAAAAAACACUCGCAAUUCAUCGGUUACGCCAUUAAAUUACUCGUAGAAAAAGAAAGAGAAAAGGAAUUGAGUGAUGAUGAAGCUGAAGAAGAAAAGAAGGAAGGAGAAGAGGAAUCUGAUAAACCAAAGAUUGAAGACGUAGGAGAAGACGAAGACGAGGAUAAGAAAGAUGAAAAGAAGAAGAAAAAGAAAACCAUCAAAGAGAAAUACACUGAAGAUGAAGAAUUGAACAAAACUAAACCUAUUUGGACUAGAAACGCCGAUGAUAUCACCCAAGAAGAAUACGGUGAAUUCUACAAAUCGUUAACCAACGAUUGGGAAGAUCAUUUAGCUGUUAAGCACUUUAGCGUCGAAGGUCAAUUGGAAUUUAGGGCGUUACUCUUUGUACCUCGUCGUGUACCUUUCGAUCUAUUUGAAAACAAGAAAAAGAAGAACAACAUCAAACUUUACGUAAGAAGAGUAUUCAUCAUGGAUAACUGUGAAGAUCUCAUUCCUGAAUACCUCAAUUUCAUUAAAGGUGUAGUAGAUUCGGAAGAUUUGCCUUUGAACAUCUCAAGAGAAAUGCUUCAACAAAACAAGAUCCUCAAAGUGAUCCGCAAGAAUUUGGUAAAGAAAUGUUUGGAUCUAUUCGAAGAACUUACCGAAGAUAAAGACGGUUACAAGAAAUUCUACGAACAAUUUUCCAAGAACAUCAAAUUGGGUAUCCACGAAGAUUCGCAGAACCGAGCUAAACUCGCCGAUCUAUUACGUUACCACACAUCUGCCAGUGGAGACGAAGCGUGCUCUCUCAAGGACUACGUUAGUCGCAUGAAGGAGAAUCAAAAACACAUCUACUUUAUCACUGGUGAAAACAAGGACCAAGUCGCUCAUUCCGCUUUUGUAGAACGCGUCAAGAAGCGAGGAUUCGAAGUCGUCUACAUGACGGAACCCAUCGAUGAAUACGUCGUCCAACAACUUAAAGACUAUGACGGAAAGACUCUAGUAUCAGUAACCAAAGAAGGUUUAGAAUUACCUGAAGAUGAAGAAGAAAAGAAAAAACGCGAAGACGAUAAAGCUAAAUACGAGGGAUUAUGUAAAGUUAUGAAGAGCAUCCUCGAUAAUAAAGUUGAAAAGGUUGUAGUGUCAAAUCGUUUAGUGGAAUCUCCUUGUUGUAUAGUAACAUCGCAGUACGGAUGGACGGCUAAUAUGGAACGUAUCAUGAAGGCUCAAGCUCUUCGGGAUACUUCAACUAUGGGUUACAUGGCGGCUAAGAAACAUUUGGAAAUCAAUCCGGAUCAUUCCAUCAUCGAGAACCUUAGACAAAAGACUGAAGUUGAUAAGAACGAUAAAGCAGUUAAAGAUUUGGUUAUUUUACUGUUUGAAACUGCUCUACUUAGCUCCGGAUUCACUUUGGACGAACCUCAAGUUCACGCUUCCCGAAUAUACAGAAUGAUCAAGCUCGGUUUGGGUAUUGACGAAGAAGAAUCAAUGUUGACUGAAGAUGCUCCAACUGGGGAAGCUCCGGCUGCUGAGGCCGGUGAUGGGGAAGAUGCUUCGCGUAUGGAGGAAGUGGAUUAAAUGAAAUAAUUUUUUAGAGCAUGUGUUGUAAUAUGUUCUUUCUCUCUCUCAUUCCUUACUUUUGUAAAUACGUCUUAGUUUUUUUUAUACGAAGUAUUAUUGUAAAGUUGAUUUUUCGAGGUCUUAAUAUCCGCUUGUGAAGUUCUUAUGAACAGUGUACUGUUUUUUGUUUCAAUUUGAAAAAAGAAUAAUAAAAAAAUCGAUUCCACAA